AUGGGUUUUAGGUUGGAUUUCAAAUGGGGGAGUCUCUCAGUCCAGUCCCUUCUCUCCACAAGUUCAUCAUCAUCUUUGCCCUCUUCCUAUUCUUGCAGAGGAAAAGGCAGAGAGAGUAUUUGCUUAACAAAGUUGCCUAUUACGUCCGUUAUGUAUGGGGAGACUGAAACUCUAAUUGAUCCUUUGGGACCUCGUACUUGUUCGACUAGCCCACAAAUUUUGGAGGACAAUUACUUCAGAAACAAAGAAAUAAAGAUAUAUCCUAGACAGCGAUCCCGAAAUGGCUUAUACAGUUUGAUUGAUGAUAAUGUCCAGAUGUCCGCAGAGGAGGAUAAGCCGCCAUUUCUUACUAGCUUAAAAGCAACUGAAGCAUCACAAUUUAAUUUGUUGAUAAAAAAUCUUGAUAAGUUGGAGAAGAUGUUUUCCGAAUCCGAUGUGAUAAGUUUGGAAAGAGAUAUUCUUCAACAGCUAGAGAGGCUUGGAGCUCUGAGAUUAUUCCAUACAUGUCUAUCCCGGACCCUCAAGUCCUCAACUUUAUUUGACUUCUCUGACGCGCCAACUCAGCUUGUUGAAGAAACAAGGAUAAAUGAACUAGUGAAUGAUCAUGAAGGCAAAGUAGUUGUUCAAUCUGGGAAAAAAGAGCAAAGAAGAUUAAGGAGAAAGAGAGCAUUGGAAAAGGGCAAUGAUAGUUCUAUGCUGGACUUAUCCCCCGAAACCGUUCCAGGGAAUAAAAUAUCCUCUCAAAGAAGAGCCUCGAUACCUAGAAAGAAAAAAUUGAAAAUUGUUAAGAACGAGGCAGAAAUGUCUAGUGGGGUUAAGUUGGUUGCAGAUCUGGAAAAAGUCAGGACUAUGCUGGGAGAAGAAACCGGUCAAGUGGCUAGCUUGAAUAGCUGGGCAGAAGCUGCUCGAGUUGAGAAGAAGAUACUGCAGCAGCAUUUGCAUCGUGGUUGGCAGUGCAGGGAUGAGCUUCUUAGAAGUACACGUUCCUUGGUUGUGUUCAUUGCAAAAAAUUACCGCGGACUUGGAGUGGCCUUUGAAGAUUUGAUUCAGGCAGGAAAUUUUGGUGUCUUGCAAGGUGCAGAAAGGUUUGACCAAUCAAGAGGAUACAAGUUUUCGACCUAUGUUCAAUAUUGGAUUAGGAAGUCAAUGUCAAUGUUAGUAGCACGACAUGCUAGAGGAGUUCGAAUACCUUUCAUGUUAAGCAAAGUGAUAUAUCAAGUACAUAAGGCUCGAAAGUCCCUUAGUAGCAGCCACGGAAAACAUCCAGAUGAUAAUGAAAUUGCCAAGUUUACAGGUCUAUCUAUAGCUAAGAUUACAUCAGCUAGCAAAUGUCUCAGAGUUGUAGGUUCAAUAGAUCAAAAAUUGGGGGAAGGCAUUAGUGCAAAAUAUCUGGAAGUUAUGCCCGAUACCUCAAUAAUGAGCCCUGAAGAAACUGUAAUGAGGCAGCAAAUGAUACAGGAUGUUUAUACACUUCUCAAUGGGUUGGAAACAAGAGAGAGGCAAGUAGUAAUCCUAAGAUUUGGAGUGGGAAACCAUCAGAGAAAGUCACUUGAGGAAAUUGGGAGGCUUUUUUGUGUAAGCAAAGAGUGGAUAAGAAAAAUAGAAAGGACAGCUCUCACUAAACUAAGAAAAAAUGGGAAUUCUCUCCAAAAUUUAAGCCAUUAUUUGUACAUGUAG